GACUUAUUUAAUUCCGUUAUUGGCUGACGUGAUUUAAGUCGACGAUUAUAUACGAGAAUAGGCGAUAACAAACAUUCGUACGACCUAAAUGGAGUCAGAUCCACGGGUCACUAAAACUUUAGUACGAAGCUGAUACAGACAGGUUUGAAAAGACAAAUGGUCUAGAUGUAUGUUCUGAAAUACUGGUACAUAAUUUAAGUUUUUCUGUGCGAAACAACCAGUCAAUAAUUAUGAUGGAUCAGUAAAUGUCGGUCAAGCCACAAGGGUAGAGGUUUGUACUAGAUUAUUUUGGCGGAAGCAUUUAUUUACUUCAACAAUUUUAUUUCUAUACAGAGACGUCUUCGAAGAUUUUCUAUCUAUAUUUUGCUUUUCGAGGUCAAUAUUCUUCCAGAACUUAAAGAUGCUACAAAAUAUCUUUUCUCUGCAAAACACGGUCAAAACUUUACAACUUUGGAAUUUAUCUGCUUUCUUUUGAGUUGUGAAGCAGAAUAGCCUACUUUAUCGAAAAUUACGUCAUUACAUUAUCAUUUGUAUUCAAAGUUAUCCGGUGAGAUAUGUGUACUGAAAGUUCGAAAAACAAUUUCUUUUACAGCUUAAAAGCUGCCAUUUUUUAUUGAGUGAACAUUAUGAAAUAAAAUUGUAUCACUUUUCAUCUAAAGAAGAUUUCUUGAAUAUCCUGUGAAUUCGUUCUGCUUAACUUGUGGUGCCCUCACAGAGACCAUAUUCUAAUGGGAGUGCAAACUAUAUAGGGAGCUGAGAUAUACCUGAAGAUAAUUUUAAAUCAAACUAUUUUAUGAAGUUUUCUGUAUUACUGCUGGAAAUAUUAUAUGAUCGAGAACGUUUUAUACCUAGCUAGUAACAGCUGCAGUUAAUGCACACUACCACCGGCCUCAGUACCACAGUUGACCAUGUAUAAUGUGAGCCAUUAAUAAUAAUAAUAAUAAUGUCAACAUUUUCUCCAUAUAACCGUCAUACUAUUAUUUAAAAAUUACUACCAAUGGAUCCCUUCCACUUUGUCAAUGAAUUCCAUCGAUUAAAUCUAACAACAGGACUACCAAAUUAUGGUUAUAUAUAUUAUGCUGAUCUUUACUCUUCGAAUUCAUUCAUUUUGGAGAUUUUAAUCAGCUUACUAUGUAUUGUUGGUAUUACAUCAAAUUGCCUUUUGUUUAUCUUCCACAUAUGUGCUAUACUGUAUGGUAAAAAACAUUUGUAUCAGGUGCCUUAUCCAAUAUAUCUACAGAAAAUGUAUAAAUAUCCAUUGUAUCGCCGAUGUAUGCGUCGAUUGUUUAUAAUAUUUUGUAAAUGGCCAUUAUCAUAUAUUGUUUCACUUAUUACCUUUUGUUUACAAUGUAUAUUUUGUAAUAAAUGCAAAGGUAAGGUUAACAAGCUAACGACAACAAAGCAUAAUAACGCUACAAUUACAUCAACAACAAAUACUGACGUUAAUACUAUAACUACCUCUCAGAGUACACUUAUUCCACUGUCGACAGAUAAUCACAAUGGUAAUAUAUACAAUAAUAAUAACGUAAUGAUUGAUAUGAAGUUUGAAGUGCAUUGGCCCGGUGUUUCGAUUCUCAAACCUUUAUCUGGUAGAGAUCCUAAUUUAGAAACUAAUUUGUUAUCAUUUUUCCAAAUGGAUUAUCCUGUAUUUGAAUUGCUGUUUUGUAUAGCUGAUAAAGAAGAUCCAGCUUAUGAGCUUGCUGAACGUUUAAUUAAACAAUAUCCUCAUGUUGAUGCACACAUUAUCAUAGCCAAAGAUUUAUUUGGUAUUAACCCGAAGAUUAAUAAUUUACAAGCUGGUUAUGAAGCUUCUAAGUAUUCGUUGCUAUUAAUAUCAGAUUCAGGUUUAUGGAUGCGUUCAGAUGCAUUAAUGGAUAUGGUAUCAACAUUAGAAGUGGAUCCAAAAGUUGGUCUUAUCCAUCAAGUGCCUUAUAUGAAGCCAUAUAAUGGAAUUUUAUCAUCUAUACGAGACCUAAACAUUGCAUCUUUUCAAGGACGCUCCAAACAUAUUAAUUGUAAUCAAGUUCAUAAGACAACAUUGAGAGCAAGAACAUCAAUAGAUUUAGAUUAUAUUCCAACCAUUUGUGAACAGCCAUCAUUUACCUGGGUUGUACAGUUAGUUUUUUUUUCAUGUUGGCAUGCAAAAGUCUAUUUAACUGCAUCAUUUCUUAAUGUGAAUUGUGUAACUGGCAUGUCAUGUCUAUUACGUAAGUCAACAUUAAGUGAUUCCGGUGGUUUUAAACAAUUUGGCUGUUAUCUAGCAGAAGAUUAUUUCAUAACAAAGUAUAUAUCUAAUCGAGGUUGGAAAAUAACUUUAUCUCAUCAACCAGCUUGGCAAAAUUCACCAUCACCUUGUCUAUAUCAAUUUUAUUUACGAAUAUUACGUUGGUCACAGUUAAGACUAAGUAUGGCGAUUUUGAGUUUUAUAUUUGAACCAUUCACAAGAUGCCUACCAAAUGCUUUAUUGGGAGCUUUCACAUUUGCUUAUAUUUUUCCAAAUUUUAUUGAUCCAGGUGUAUAUUUUAUGUGUUAUACCCUUAUAUGGUUUUUGUUAGAUUAUAUAUUAUUACGUCAAAUUUAUCCACCGGCAACUCCAAUAUGUAUCACAAAAUUAGAAUAUCUUGUAGCUUGGUUAUUUUCUGAAUUGUUAGCUUUUCCACUGCAUUUAACAGCGGCUUGUUUUCGUGAAGUACGUUGGCGUGAUAAACGAUUUCGUAUACGAUGGGGUGGGAUUUCUGAACGAAUUGAUCAACACAAUGUCAUAUAAUUUUAUAAGUUUUGUUGAUAUAUGAAUUGAAAAAGAGUUAUAACAUUUAAUUGUAGAUUAUUUAUUGGUGUAUUAUAUAUUUCUGUUAUUUUGAUCACUAAAUCUGGUCUUUCCACUUCAAAAUGACAAUAUUAUUUUUUAGGAAUUAAAAAAUUAAUCUUCAGUAUAUAUAUAACCAUUAUUACUGUUGUUCUCUGUUUUCGUUUGUCUCUAUUGUUAUUUUUCACUGUGGUUAUUAAUAUCAUUCUUACUAUUAUUAUUGAUAUGAGACCUAAAAGAAAGAUUGUAAAUAUAAAAAUAUAUACAUAUAUUAUUA